AUGAAUGCACACAUGUGGACUCGCGCUACGCAGUUCGAUCCGUUGCCACACCUCAGUAGGAGGGCAGAAUGCGCGAGCGAUGUAUACGAGCACGAGACAAUUAGCGAGACGCCGUUGUGGAAGUCGCUCACUUUCCACCACUUUGGUCUCAUUAUCUCGGCGACGUUUGGCACAAUCGCAGUGGUCGUUGCCUUUUUCCUCAUAGUACGGCAUGCCACCCACUACUUGAAGCCGUAUGAGCAGAAGCACAUCAUUCGGAUCCUUGUCAUGAUCCCCAUCUACGCCGUUGUCUCCUUCCUCAGCUACCUCUAUUACAAGAACGCCAUAUACUUCGAAGUCGUGCGAGACUGUUAUGAAGCUUUCGCCAUUGCCAGCUUCUUCACACUCAUGUGCCACUACAUUGCGCCGAACCUACACGAACAGAAGGAGUAUUUCAGGAACGUCCAGCCAAAGAACUGGGUCUGGCCAAUUACGUGGAUGCAGAAAUGCUCAGGCGGCGAAGACAAGGGCUGGUUGAGGAAGCCAAGAAGCGGGCUGACGUGGUUCAAUGUUGUCUGGAUCAGCAUUUUCCAAUACUGCUUUAUUCGCCCGUUCUUCACCAUCGUCGCUGUUGUAGCUCAGACUCAGGGUCGUUACUGCUCGAGCUCCAAGGACCCUCGUUAUGCAUACAUUUGGGUGGCAGGCUUCGAGGCUGUUUCUGUCACAAUCGCCAUGUACUGCGUCAUACAAUUCUACAUCCAGUUGAAGGAGGACCUGGCACCACAUCGACCAUUUUUGAAGGUGCUGUGCAUCAAGCUUGUCAUUUUCUUUUGCUUCUGGCAAAGCUGGAUCAUCUCGCUGUUGACAGCAGAGGGUGGCCCCUUGAAAGCAACAGCCCAGAUUGCUGGGCCAGAUCUGCGCAUUGGUAUUCCUUCGAUGCUGACAUGUGUCGAAAUGGCAAUCUUUGCGCUGCUCCACGUGUUCGCCUUCCCAUGGAAGCCCUACGACCUCAAGUACCAAAGUCCGCUGGACACCACCAUCGACGGAUACUCAGCGCAACCGACGAAGUAUGCGAGUGGACCAGCACGUGCUCUUCUGGACGCACUGAACCCCUGGGACAUCAUCAAAGCCUGUGGUCGAGGCUUCCGCUGGCUGUUCUACGGCGCACGACACCGCACAAAGGAUUCUUCGUAUCAAACAAAGCUCGAGCCAGUUGCUACGAAUACUAGCUACAACGGCCCAACAUUCGCAGGCAAUGGCGAGCCUGUCAACGCACCUAUCAACGCGCCAGCACCCACAAAGAAGAAUGAAGGGUCUGGCGACUCAGAUACUAUAGGUCUUUUGGAUGACGCGCAAGCUAAUCCGUAUGUGCAUCAGGAUUCGAAUUCGUACGACAGCGCGUACGGACCCGGUGCAGAUGUCUACGGAAGUCCUCCCAACCCAGACCGCCUUCCGCAGGCGCCGACCCCAGGACAGGAAUACGGCGUAGCACACCAUGGGCACGGAGACGGACGAUUCCAGAACUUUGAGGAGCAGGAUACCACUUACCAUGGUGGUGCAGCGGCGAAUAGCUACUACGGAAGACCAAGAUACUACCAGGAGGAGAAUACCGUCAGGCCGAGCACAGAGUGGGACAUGUUUGCUGGUGCAACAAGACCUGCUCAGAGGCCACAGGGCGACGGUAAGAAGCCUUCAGAAUGGAUAUAA